GGUUUUGUUCCUAUCGCAACGGAAUACAUUAUAGGAACUGCAGAAAAGUUGAAGAGACUCGAUCCGAUCAUCAAGACCAGUUUCUGUCAUAAUAAUGACAUCGAAAUUGCAAUCGCGUAUAGCAAGAAAAGCAGCAUCAAUUUUGGUUCGUAAGCCACGUACGUUCUGGUAAUAAAGACAGAUACCGUUGAGGUGAUCAUGUAAAACAGUGGGAGAUUGUGUCUGCAAAUGUGUUAACUCUUUCAACGUGUGUGUAGCAUAAGACCUAGCUUCGGGAAGACAUAUACGCUCUAUAUUUUUACCUGGCGAACCAGGGUUGUCACUAGUUUCCAAAUUAUUUCCCGAGAUUGUAGUUGGUGGCCCAGGUAGGUUGACGAGCGUGAACUGCAACGUCUGGAAUGGUGAGGUUUCUCUCAAUGUGAUUGCAGUAUCAAUCCUAGCUUCGUGAAAACAUAUACUCUCGAUUUUUUUACCUGGCGAACCGGGGUAGGCACUGGUUUCCUUUCCGGACAGCUCCAUUAUUACAGUCGCUACUUAAAAACGCUUCAGAACAUUUUACAAUCUUGUUGGCGCUGCGAUGCCAUCAAACAUUUCUCCACAUACGGACUGAGUUCGGUGUGGUACCGACUUACAAGCAAAAAAAAACAAAAAAAUCUUACAACAUCGGAGCGGAUAAAAUUACACAGGAUUCCAGCCAGUACAAUGAGCAGUUUAGCACCGUUUUUAUGUGAUUCGUCUUUACGCAAUUCAACAAGCGACAAUUUGGUCGACUUUUUCACAGAUGAAUGCGGGUUCGCAUGAAGAGCGCAUGCCACGCGACGACGCCGCCAAUCGGCAUCCAUGGCGACGAAUGGCACCAACUUUACAACAUACGAAGAAACAGUGUCCUUCGAUUAAACAAAAACAAUUGGCAGUGAGUUUUCCAUCGCCGUAUACCUAAUUACAAAAAAGGUCAAAAUAACGAGAUUAAAUGAUAUCGAGCGUACCGCAAUAGGCUGUUUAACACAGCACAAUCUUUGUUGAUACUGGCGAGGAAUAGUGAGAAUCCUCUAACAUGAACAACGUAACUGUUAUCUUCAACGUUUCGAAAAAUGAGCUUUUCAAGCUGCCAGAUAACUAUAAAACGUUGCACCGAAAACUGAAAGUUAACUAUCGUGUCGAAAGCAACAAAAAUGAUAUAACACCGGAAGUUUUAAAAGGAGCCACCGUUUUUGUGCUGGCUGGUCCACAAGAGAAAUUCACUGAGACGGAAUUUCAGUAUAUAAAGGACUACAUCGCCGAAGGAGGCCGUCUUUUGCUUCUGCUUGGAGAGGGGGGUGAAGUAAAUUUCAACACCAACGUCAAUUUUCUACUGGAAGAAUAUGGAAUGACAAUCAACAGCGAUUCCGUUGUGCGACCUCAAUACUACAAAUACUUUCAUCCGAAGGAAGCCCUGAUAAGCGGCGGGAUAGCCAGCGACACGAUGAAUAACAAUUUGCUUGAGUACAGCAAAAGUAUUCUAACCGCGUUCGACUUCAUGGAUGACAAGUACAAGGUGGAGUUCGUAUACCCAUUUGGGGCUACUAUGAAUGUCAUCCACCCGUCAAACAUACUACUGACGACGGGGCCCGUAGUCUACCCCUUCAACCGUCCUUUAGCUGGAUACUAUCAGAACGAUUCGGGUGGAAAGAUUAUAGCGAUCGGCUCUGGGCACAUGUUCCAAGAUAAAUACAUCGCAAAUGAGAUCAAUAUGGCUAUUUGGGACGGUAUUUUUAGUAUUAUACUUGAGAAUCAGUUUAGUUUGAAAUCGUCGGACUUCAACGACCUUGAGAUAAACGACUACGCAAUCAUUCCCGACACAAUCUAUAUGGCGGAACAGCCGAAGAUUUGUCUAAUGGAUUCGCUCGACUACGACAUUCCCGCCGACUUCAAGAAGCUUUUCGAUAUGGCCCUGCACUCGAUCAACAACGAUCUGCUGCGCGAUGUCAUCAAUACCUAUGCAAAAUUGGACGUGCAAUAUGAGCCGCUCAAGAUCAUCAAGCCGCAGUUUGAGAUCCCCUUACCGCCACUGCAGCUUGCGGUUUUCCAGCCAAUAUUUAGCGAUCUAGUUGCGCCACCGCUGGAGUUAUUCGAUCUCGAUGAAGCGUUCAGCUCCGAGAAAGCACAAAUCACCCAACUGACGAAUAAGUGUUUAUCUCCGGCUCUGGAAAACUACCGGAAGACAGGAAUGGACGAAAAGGAGCUAGGGUACUUUAUUCAAGAAUGCGGGCGCAUUUUGAAAGUUUGUCAAGACGAUCAGAGGAUGUCCGCUAAAGAGAUUCUGAAUUUGAUUAGUGUGAAAAUUGCUCAUUACAAAAGACUUGAUAAAGACUAAAAUGAUGGUCGUUGAUUGAUUUUAUUGUAACCUUUCGUUUUUUUAGUGAUCAGUGAUA